CUGCGCGCCCUCAUGUUUCCUACGCAGGACGCUCUGCCCCGCGGCGGGCUGAACCUGAAGGAGGAGCCGCUGCUGCCUGCCGGCCUGGGCUCGGUGCGCUCCUGGAUGCAGGGCGCGGGCAUCCUGGACGCCAGCACCGCAGCGCAGAGUGGCGUGGGCCUGGCACGAGCACAUUUUGAGAAGCAGCCUCCCUCCAACCUCAGGAAAUCCAACUUCUUCCACUUCGUGCUGGCCAUGUAUGACCGGCAGGGGCAGCCUGUGGAGGUGGAGCGCACAGCCUUCAUUGACUUCGUGGAAAAGGACCGAGAGCCUGGGGCUGAAAAGACGAACAAUGGGAUCCACUACCGCCUCCGGCUGGUGUAUAACAAUGGACUUCGGACAGAACAGGACCUCUAUGUGCGCCUGAUUGACUCCAUGUCCAAACAGAAUUGUGCGCGCUGCCGAUGCUGUGACCGGAAGAGCUGUGGUAACCGGAAUGAGACGCCCUCAGACCCCGUCAUUAUUGACAGGUUCUUCCUCAAGUUCUUCCUCAAAUGCAACCAGAACUGCCUAAAGAACGCAGGGAAUCCCAGAGACAUGCGCCGCUUCCAGGUGGUGGUGUCCACGACGGUGAGCGUGGACGGACACGUGCUGGCCGUGUCAGACAACAUGUUUGUGCACAACAACUCCAAGCAUGGCCGCAGGGCGCGCCGCCUGGACCCCUCCGAAGCUGCCACCCCCUGCAUCAAGGCCAUCAGCCCUGGGGAGGGAUGGACCACGGGAGGCGCCACCGUCAUUGUCAUCGGCGACAACUUCUUCGACGGGUUGCAGGUCGUGUUCGGGAACGUGCUCGUGUGGAGCGAGCUCAUCACGCCCCACGCCAUACGGGUGCAGACGCCCCCGCGGCACAUUCCCGGGGUGGUGGAGGUGACGCUGUCCUACAAGUCCAAGCAAUUUUGCAAGGGAGCCCCCGGCCGCUUUGUCUACACAGCCCUGAAUGAGCCCACCAUUGACUACGGAUUCCAGAGGCUACAGAAAGUCAUUCCCAGACACCCCGGAGAUCCCGAGAGGCUGCCCAAGGAAGUGCUGUUGAAGCGGGCGGCCGACUUGGCGGAGGCCCUGUACGGAGUGCCCAGCAGUAACCAGGAGCUCCUCCUGAAGCGGGCGGCGGACGUGGCCGAGGCUCUGUACAGCGCCCCGCGAGCACCCGCCCCGCUCGGACCCCUGGCUCCCAGCCAUCCGCACCCCGCCGUCGUGGGCAUCAACGCCUUCAGCAGCCCGCUGGCCAUCGCCGUCGGGGACUCCACGCCAGGCCCGGAGCCGGGCUACGCGCGCAGCUGCAGCAGCGCGUCCCCCCGCGGGUUCGCUCCCAGCCCCGGCUCGCAGCAGAGCAGCUACGGCAGCGGCCUCGGAGCAGGCCUCGGCGGCUACGGGGCGCCAGGCGUGGCCGGCCUCGGCGUGCCCGGGUCCCCUAGCUUCCUCAAUGGCUCCACGGCCACCUCACCCUUCGCCAUCAUGCCCUCUAGCCCCCCGCUGGCCGCUGCCUCCUCCAUGUCCCUCUCAGCCGCUGCCCCUACCACCAGCGUCUUCUCCUUCUCGCCUGUCAACAUGAUCUCCGCUGUCAAACAGAGGAGCGCCUUCGCCCCUGUGCUGCGCCCAUCCAGCUCCCCACCCCAGGCCUGCCCCAGAGCCCACGGAGAGGGGCUUCCAGACCAGCCUUUUGAGGAUUCUGAGAAGUUCCACUCUCCAGCCCGGGGGCUUCAGGGCCUGGCGUACUCCUAAUGACGCCAGCCUUCCUCCAGGACCGUCUCUCCAUUUCCCUACCAGGUCUACAGGUCUGGCCCCCAUUGAGCCUGGACCGGAGAGGUCCCUCCAGGAUUCACACUCAUGUCCUGAAUGGCAGCACAGACAGAUCAAGGGUCAGGGCUGUGGGCAGACCUCAACCCACGGGCCUGAAUGGGGAGAGGACUUUGUCCCCAUGCUCAAGGCCCCCCCAGCCCUACCGGCUUCUCUCACCGCCCUUUCUUCCGACCAGCCCCAACACUGUGCGGAUGCUCUUGGCAGGAGAGCAUCCUGGGGAGGUACUGGGAUGCAGGACCUCACUGGUUGGGUCGGUUCCUCUGGAAGAGGUGGAAUUUACACAGACCAAGGACAUUGGAUGACAGAAGCACCGGAAGGGGACUGUGGGAAAAAGGACAGCUCAGGGAGAGGUGGCCUAGGAAAGUCCUGUUUGCAUUGGACCCAUCUCACCAGCCCAGCAUCCCAACUUCUCUCCAGGGCAAGGGGGUGCCCAGCAGCCUCAGGAGGUCUUCCCAGGCUCCCAUGGAGCUCCUGACAGCCACUUGACCCCGUGGCUGCCCCACUCCCACUGCGGACUGCACACUCAUGCUUGCCACAUCAUGAAUCCCAGUGGGGGCUUCAGGCAUGGCGGGUGCAAAAGAGGGGGUGCAGGCCCCCUGAAUUGUGGGUCUUCCCCCAAUGGGUGUCUCAUGGACUCUGGCCCCCACACAUGACUGGCUGGUCCCAUAGAACCAUGGAAUGGGCCCAGCUGCCCCUGGCCUCACACUUUACUCUGCUGAGGUUGAAGAGAACAGAAUAAUAAACACAGAUGCAGGUGGCCACCUGGCCUCUCUUGCCUGCUUCCUUGGCAUGGAUCUGCUUUUCUUAGCGGUUCUGCAGCUCUCGUGGGGGCCCCUCCAAACCAUACCCCCGGGCAGCCUUCUUGUACCUUGGACUUUUUCAACAGCCCCAGAGUUUAACUGAGCAAGUAUUGCUUGGGUACUCUGGGGGAAGUCAAAAGUAGGCUGACAGGCCUGAGGACCCAGGACAUGGGCUCAGCCCCAAGAGCUCUGACUGAAAGCACACUGUUCCCCAGCUGCUUGUCCAGGACCAAGCUGGGAAUUGUCUGCCCCCAAGGUGAGAGUUGCUGGGAACCAGAACAGAGCAAACUAAAUACUACCCAGAUGUACACAGGCUCAGAAGUAAGAUCCUCCCUGACCAGAGGUUGCAGGGCCUCACCUGAGCUGGGUAAGAUAGCUUUUGGCUCCCAAGUUUUGUAAUCUGAGCAAGUCCCAACCCCCUACACUCCUCCCCAGGCCUAAGUACCUUCUGGCUCUCCUAGAGUUUUGAAGGAGGGAUGGUAAAGAUGUAAGGUUCCUGGGCUCAUUUACUCCCUCCUGGGAUGAAUCUCUGUCAUCCCCAAGAUAUGUCCCCUAGACCCAAAGGUCUAGCUGGCUGACCCUGGAAGCCAUUUUUUUUUACCCACUGUCCAGGGAGCCCAGUAUCCAGCCCCAAGCCUCAGGCUUUCUUCUUUUCUGGCAACAUUCCAUGACCUCUGAAAACCCAACUCAUGUGCCCAUGCCUUGCAGCACUCUGAACAAAUACACUUGCUAAAGCAGAUGGGCUGGUCCUGCCACUUCCUUCUCUUGUGUUCUUGGCCAAUGCCUGGGACCCAUGACAGGGGUAGCCUUCUGGUCACCAUGACCUAUUCUCAGUGCUCACCUGGCUUCCCCUCAGUUCCCACUUGCAGCCUGUGUUGCAGAGCCUGCCAGCCCUUGCCCUGCUCUCUUCAGGCUCUGAGCAGUUCCCACUGCCCGGGGUCCUCCCAGGCUGAGCACCCACAGAACUCUAAUCUGUACUGGAUGCAGGUGGUUACUGGACUGUGGUCACAUUCCGGUUCCUGAGAUGGGUCAGGUGCCAUGAUUGAUAUGAAUAAGAUGUAGUGUUGUCCUCAAAGAUCUCUCAACUACUCAAGCAACCAUUUGAGUCAACACUGCCCACUCCCCGGUCCACAGCAGGCAGAGCUAAACAAUUACGAUGUUUGCUAUGGACUGAAUUAUGUCCUCCCAAAAUUCAUACAUUGAAGCCCUAGCCCUUCCCCGCCCCCAUAUGACUGUGUUUGAAGAUAGGGCCUUUAAGGAGGUGAUUAAGGUUAAAUAAAGUCAUGAGAGUAGGGCCCUAAUCUGAUAACUUGUGUCCUUGUAAGAAGAGACCCCAAAUCUCUCUCUACACUAUGUGAGGACACAGUGAGAAGGUGGCUGUCUACAAGCCAGGAAGAGAGUCCUCAUCAGGAACCAAAUCAUCUGGCACCUUGAUUUGGUACUUCUAGUUUCCAGGAAGAUGAUAAAAUAAAUUUCUG